AUGAAGAAGACCGGACCAUCGUUUCACAGCAAAAUAAUGCCUUUUCAUUUAUCUAGAAGGAAACCAGUUUCAAAGCUGUCCUGUUUUUCAUCUCUUGUUCUUGCAUAUUUUCUGUUCACCUUUUGUUUUGGAUUAGUAGUAGAGGCUGACAAGUCAGUCACAAACAUUGGAGCAAUUAUCGAUGUUGAUUCUCGUGUUGGGAAGGAACAGAAAACGGCCAUGAUCUUGGCCGUGCAGAGCUUCAACGACAAUUCAAGGAAUCACAGGCUGAAUAUUUAUUUCAAAGACACCAGCAAGGACCCUGUUCAGGCUGUUUCUACAGCCCAAGAGCUGAUUGGCGAGAAACAAGUGCAGGUUAUCAUUGGGACGCGAACAUGGGAGGAAGCAGCUUUAGCUGCCGAUGUUGGAAAGCCAGCGCAAGUACCAGUACUUUCAUUAGCAGCAGCUUCCAGUACCCCGUUGUUGACCCAGAAUCGAUGGCCUUUCUUGGUACAAAUGGCUACUGAUAGCCUGGAACAGAUAAAUUGUAUUGCAGCUAUUGUCAAUUCCUACCAAUGGCGAAAAGUAAUAGCAAUUCAUGAAGACAACAGUUAUUUUGCUGAUUCUGGCUUGCUACCUAUGUUAUCCGAGGCUCUUCAAAAUGUUGGUGCAGCUAUUGAGUAUAAUCUCAUCCUUCCACCAUUCUCUUCUCUAUCUGAUCCAGAGGGGUUUGUUCGACUAGAAGCAGCCAAUUUAAUGAGGAAGCAGUCUAGGGUUUUUAUCGUUCUUCAUUCAUCCUUACCACUGGCUACACAUUUAUUCAGAGAAGCUAAGCAGAUAGGACUAAUGGGUAGAGAUUCAGCAUGGAUUCUGACAGACUCCAUUUCGGAUUUUCUGGAUUCUGUUGAUCCCAAUUUGGUCACUUCCGCACAAGGUGCUAUAGGGAUCAAGAGCAAUUAUUCAGAAAGCAAUAGGCAUUUUCUAGACUUCAAGGAUAAAUUUCGAAGGAAUUUCAGUCUGGAGUACCAAGACGAAGACAAUUGGAAUCUUGGAAUCCAUGCUCUAAAAGCAUAUGAUAGCAUUACAGCUAUUGCGGAAGCUGUGAAAAGAUUAGGUGGGUAUAAUAAUAGUAAUCCAAAAUUGCUGCUCAAUGAAAUUGUAUCCAACAAUUUCGCUGGACUAAGUGGUGAAAUUCGUUUCCAUGGUAGAAAAUUAAAGCAGAAACCUGUAUACAAGAUUGUUAACAUUGUUGGAAGGAGUUAUAAAGAGCUAGGAAUCUGGUCAUCUGAACUUAGCUUCUCAGAGAGCCAUGUGGAGGAGAAGGGCAAUAUCUUGGUAAAUUGGCCAGGGGAAUUGGACCGAGUCCCAAAAGGGUGGGCAGUGCCUACUGAUGCCCCAAUGAGAAUUGGAGUUCCACAAGACGAUUCCUUCCCAGCGUUUGUAAUGGUGAAACGUGAUCAAAAAACAAAUGAAAUGAAAUAUGAUGGUUUUUGCAUUGAUAUUUUUGAGGAAGUGAUAAAAAUAAUGGGUUAUCCCCUGCAUUAUGAAUUUGUGCCCUUCGAUGGUAACUUUAGUGAACUGGUUGGGAAUGUCAGCAAUAAGAACCUUGAUGCUGCUGUGGGCGAUGUAACCAUCUUAGCCGAGCGGUCAAGAAUUGUAGAAUUUACUCUACCAUUUAUGGAAUCUGGCUUGUCAAUGAUCGUUCCAGUCAAAACUGAACCCCAGAUGGCGUGGAUAUUUAUGAAGCCUUUCACUAGGAACAUGUGGAUGGUUACUUUAGCCAUUAUAUUCUACACAAUGUUCGUCAUUUGGUUUAUGGAGCAUCAGUGUAAUCAAGAAUUUAAAGGGACAUGGAAAGAUCAACUUGGAACUGCAAUGUGGUUCACAUUCUCUUCUCUAUUCUAUGCUCAUAGAGAAGAAAUUAAAAGCAACUAUACAAAACUGGUGGUUGUGAUGUGGCUCUUUGUUGUGUUGGUAUUAACUUCAAGUUACGAGGCUAGCCUAACUUCAAUGCUGACUGUCUCACGACUUGAGCCAACUGUGACAAGUUUAGAUUGGAUAAUGAAAAAUAAUAAAACAGUUGGAUGCGACGGUGACUCUUUUGUAGAAGAUUAUCUGAGGAAUGUAAUUAAACUUCAAAAUAUCAAACCAAUAAGCAGCCAAGAGCAUUAUUCGGAGGAAUUUAAGAAAGGAAAUAUUGCUGCUGCAUUUCUUGAACUCCCUUAUCAGAAAAUUUUUCUCAAAAAUCACUGCAAAGAGUAUAAAGUGACUGGACCUACCUACAGUUUUGGAGGAAUAGGGUUUGCAUUCCAGAAAAAUUCCCCAAUAGCUCGCGAUGUUUCAGAAGCCAUUCUAACUUUAAUGGAGGAUGGAAAGCUUAAACGUUUGAAAAAUAAAUGGUUUGAUUCACCAGACAGUUGUUCAAAUUCUGAUGCUGGCUUAGAAACAGAAAGAUUGAGUUUAAAGAGUUUCUGGGGUUUAUACCUUGUUUCUACUGCCAUUUCCACUUUCUGUUUCCUCAUUUUCGUUCUUCGAUUGUUGAAAAAGAAAUUCAAAGACAGCAAAGAACAUGCAUACGAUCUUGCUCAAACUGUUGAGGCUGUUCCUAACACAAUUGUUAGGUUGGGACAGUAUUUUCAUGGUGUAAGGCCAAAGUCUCUAAGGAGGAGGAGAACAUUUAACAAAUGGAACUCUUCAAAGAUUGAAUUAGUUAGUCCUGCUGAUCCCUCUCAGAUUUUUCAGGCCUCCUCCCUGCAGAAUUCGGAACUCCAAGAGAUAAUUGAAUAA